AUGUUCACAAUCCUGACUGGGCACCCCAACUCGGCCAACGCUCGCAAGCGUUUUGGAGAAAUCAAAAAGAGAGUACGGGAGCAGGUUUUCAGCGAGGGUGAUGGGAUCCCAAUCUCUGUCCCAUCCACGCCUCGCAAGAGGAAGACCAAAGCAAAUGACGACUCCACCUCACCGACGAAGAAAACCAAGGCUGGAAAAAAGAAGGCCGAGGACCCGGGGGAGUUGGGUGAUUCUGUGAAGACCGAACCUAGCGACGCUUGA